CACACUGGCCAAACAUGGGCAUUACAUAUGAAAUUUAAUUUAAUAUGCACGAACUUGUUUAGGCAUUAUACAUUGGCAAACUGCAGAGUAUGAGGAUCUCGCAGAGCGACCCGCUCUCUUCUCCUGGCGGCAGCUCUGCUCUUCGGCUUCGUGCGCUCUCCUUCUUGGCAGAGUACAUAGGAUAUUUGGUGAUUAUGGACUUACAAACAUCUAUUGUUACACAUGUUGAGAAUGAGCAACCACAUGAUUUUGGUGGUGAAGAAGAAGACCUGGGUUUAUAUGAGUUGCAGCCCAGUUCUUUUGAACCAGAUUUGUUUCUAAACGAUCCUUGCUUUCAGUAUUUAUUUAACGAUGAAGGGCAAGAACAUGCGAGUGGUGAGAUUCCACAGAACACAGAUGACAUUAACAAUAAUGUCCGGAACAAUGGUCAAUAUCCUUCUAAAGGGAACAAAGGGAGCGUGCCUGAAGUGGGGAUGAAAUUUACAAGCAUUGAAGAAAUUCGAGAACACUAUCUGGCUUAUGCUCGAAGUGUAGGAUUUCCAAUGCGGACAAGGACAACUCGCAAAGCCAAAGAUGGAACUCCUAGAAGUGUUACAUUUGUGUGUAGUCGACAAGGAAAUAAAAAGAGCAAAACACAAGAUGUGUUCCACCCGAGGCCGACAAUGCAAUUGGGAUGUGAAGCAAGAGUAACUGCGUCAUGUGAUGCUGUUGUGGAAGCGGGUGGAUAUGAAGAACUUGGCUUUAUAGAGAAGGAUUGUCGAAAUUACAUUGAAGAGUUUAGACGAUUAAGACUUGGCUUCGGAGAUGCAGAGGCAAUACAGGGAUAUUUUAACAAGAUGCAAGCAAAGAAUGACGGGUUUUUCUUUAGCAUGGAUGUGGACGAAGAAUCAAGGCUUAGAAAUGUGUUUUGGGUGGACAACAGGUGUCGUCAGUGUUACAAAUCCUUUGGUGAUGUUGUGACAUUUGACACUACAUACUUGACUAACAAGUAUGAAUUGCGGUUUGCUCCUUUCGUAGGUGUAAACCAUCAUGGGCAAUCAGUACUUCUUGAGGCAAUACAGGGAUAUUUUAACAAGAUGCAAGCAAAGAAUGACGGGUUUUUCUUUAGCAUGGAUGUGGACGAAGAAUCAAGGCUUAGAAAUGUGUUUUGGGUGGACAACAGGUGUCGUCAGUGUUACAAAUCCUUUGGUGAUGUUGUGACAUUUGACACUACAUACUUGACUAACAAGUAUGAAUUGCGGUUUGCUCCUUUCGUAGGUGUAAACCAUCAUGGGCAAUCAGUACUUCUUGGUUGCGGCUUAAUUGCACACGAAGAUACAGAGUCAUUUGUUUGGCUUUUCAAGACAUGGCUUCAGUGUAUGGAUGGGGUUCCACCCCAAGGCAUCAUUACAGAUCAAGAUCAAGCCAUGGCGAAAGCAAUCAGUAUAGUGUUUCCAGGCAUUAAACAUCGUUGGUGUCUUUGGCAUAUUCUUAACAAAUUGCUUGAAAAGUUAGGAGGCAGGUCUGAUAAAGUUGAAAUCAUGGAUAAGAUAAACGACCUUGUGUAUGAUGUUCAUAUUAUCACAGAAUUUGAGCAAGGCUGGAGAGAAAUGAUUAUGGCUGAUGAUCUAAAUGACAAUGAUUGGUUGGCUGAGAUGUUUUUUUGGAGAAAGAGAUGGGUUCCAUGUUAUCUACGAACUUCUUUUUGGGCAGGUAUGUCCUCAACACAGCGUAGUGAAGGCAUGAAUGCUUUCUUUGAUGGCUACGUGCAUUCAAAGACAACACUCAAGCAAUUUGUUGAUCAAUACGACCGUGCGCUAAGGAAAAAAGUGGAAAUGGAGUUUCAAGCAGAUGCUAGCUCCUUUACAAAAAUGAUCCCAUGUGUCACUAUGUAUGAAAUGGAGAAACAACUUCAAGACGUAUACACUAUUUCCAAAUUUAAAGAGUUUCAGACUGAACUUCUUGGGAAAGUAUAUUGCGACAUUAUAAGCAACAUUGGUGAUACUUUUGUAGUUGAGGAGUACGUGUGCAUCAAAGGGUUUCGCACGAUGAAUUCUUAUGAAGUCGCCUUUGAUCAAUGUACACAAGAGGUGGUCUGCACUUGCCAUCUUUUUGAGUUUAAAGGGAUGAUUUGUAGACAUUGCAUUGUUGUCUUCAUUCGAAAUGGUGUUAGGUUUUUGCCUGAGAAGUAUAUCCUAGAGCGAUGGAGGCGUGAUGUGAAGCGGGCAUACACACGGGUCAAAGUAGAUUAUGAUGGCUGGAUAUGUACUGUCGAACAACAACGGGAUGAUUUGUAGACAUUGCAUUGUUGUCUUCAUUCGAAAUGGUGUUAGGUUUUUGCCUGAGAAGUAUAUCCUAGAGCGAUGGAGGCGUGAUGUGAAGCGGGCAUACACACGGGUCAAAGUAGAUUAUGAUGGCUGGAUAUGUACUGUCGAACAACAACGGUAUGAUGACUUGUGCAACAGUUUUCGGGCUUUGGCGAAUAAAGUCGUAGACGAUGA